UUCACAGCGUCGCCUGCUCUCGUCCCAUUGGCGCAGGUGAUCCAACUCAGGAUGCGAGUGGAGAGCGGAGGAGAGGGGAAGAGAGAGGGGGAAGCGCCGAUGGAAAAGUGUCCAGGGCUCGGUUAACAAGAAGACAAGGAUACCGGCCCGCUUCAGUUUGUCCUGGGGCACCCGGCGAUGAGAGAUUCACCGAAAGGGGCACUUUGAGAUAUGAUGAGAUUUAUUUCUGGUCGGCAAUAGUACUAUGAUUUGGUAUGUGGCCACUUUGAUAGCAAGUGUAUUCAGCACCCGAGGAACGGCCGCUCAAGGUGCCCACGGAGUGCGAGAGGAACCCCAGUUUGUGACAGCACGUGCAGGAGAAAACGUCAUCCUGGGAUGCGACGUUUCCCAUCCCUUGAACGGCCAGCCCUAUGUGGUGGAGUGGUUCAAGUAUGGAAUGCCCAUCCCUUUCUUCAUCAACUUUCGCUUCUACCCUCCUCAUGUGGACCCGGAAUAUGCUGGCCGGGCCAGUCUGCAUGGCAAGUCCUCCCUGCGGAUAGAGGAUGUGCGUUCAGACGACCACGGCUGGUAUGAGUGUAAGGUGCUGAUGUUGGAGCAGCAGUAUGACACCUUCCACAACGGCAGCUGGGUGCAUCUAACUGUCAACGCCCCCCCAACUUUCACAGAUACACCACCUCAGUACGUGGAGGCCAAGGAGGGGGGGAGCAUCACUUUGACCUGUAUAGCCUUUGGGAAUCCCAAACCCUCAGUCAGCUGGUUGCGGGAAGGUAGUCUCAUGGUCAGCAGUGCCAAGUAUAAGGUGUCCGAUGGGAGUUUGACGGUGCUAUCCAUCACCCGGGAAGAUCGGGGGGCCUACAUGUGUCGAGCCUUCAGCCCCCAGGGAGAGGCUAUUCACACCACACGGCUGCUAGUACAAGGCCCUCCGUUUAUUAUAUCACCACCGGAGAACAUUACAGUGAACAUCUCACAGGACGCCUUCUUCACCUGCCAGGCAGAGGCCUACCCUCGCAACCUAACCUACACAUGGUUCUGGGAAGAGGACAACGUCUUCUUCAAGAAUGACCUAAAGCGCAGAGUCAGUAUUCUCAUAGACGGCUCCCUAAUAAUUGCCCACGUCAAGCCAGAAGAUGCUGGGAAAUACACGUGUGCUCCAAGCAACAGCCUGGGCCGACCACCGACUGCCUCUGCCUACCUAACAGUGCAAUAUCCUGCCCGUGUGGUAAACAUGCCAUCAGUCAUCUACGCAGCCAUUGGUCUGCCUGGCUUCAUUCGCUGUCCUGUAGAUGCCAACCCUCCUGUAACUCUGGUUAAGUGGAAAAAAGAUGGCCUCCCUCUGCGGAUAGAUAAGUACCCUGGUUGGAGUCAAAUGGAAGACGGGAGCAUCCGUGUGGCAGAGGUGACGGAGGACUCUCUUGGCACCUAUACCUGCAUGCCUUACAAUGCCCUGGGUUCCAUGGGAUGGUCGCCUCCUGCUCCCCUGGUGCUAAAGGACCCUCCCAAAUUCUCAGUGGUUCCUGGAGGGGUGUACAGGCAGGAGGCUGGAAGAGAACUGGUCAUCCCCUGUGAAGCAGAGGGAGACCCUUUUCCCAACAUCACAUGGAGGAAGGUAGGGAAGCCCAGUAAAAGCAAGCACAAUGUUCUGCCCCGAGGCAGCUUACAGUUGAAGUCACUCACAAAGGAGGACCAUGGGGAGUGGGAGUGUGUCGCCACCAAUGUUGCCACGAGCAUCACUGCCAGCACGCACGUCCAAGUCAUAGGCACAAGCCCCCACGCCCCCACCAAUGUCCAUGUGGCUGCGUUCUCCACUUUGGCCAAUGUGUCUUGGGAAGCAGGAUAUAAUGGAGGUUUCCAGCAGACAUUCUCAGUCUGGCUGAAGAGGGAGCGUUUAGGUCCGUAUGACUGGCUUUCCAUACCUGUGCCUGGAGGCCACGACUGGAUGGUGGUGCCCGGCUUAGAGCCAGAGACAACAUACCAGUUUAGCGUCCUGGCCCAAAACAAGCUUGGCACAGGCCCCUUCAGCGAGGUUGUCACUGUGAACACACUAGUAUUUCCUACAAGUACCCCUGAACCAUUGGUGCUGCUUACCCCACCACGGUGCCUCACAGCCAAUCGCACGCAGCAGGGAGUCCUGCUCACCUGGAUUCCGCCUGCCAAUCACACAGCACCUAUCCAGCAUUAUGUCAUGGAGUUUCGCCUGGGGGAGCGAUGGGAGGUCUUGGACGACAGCAUUCCUGCAGGGGAGACAGAGUUGGUUGCCCGAGAUCUCAUCCAGGAGGCGUGGUAUGAGUUCCGCGUCAUGGCCAUCAUGGAUGACAUGAUCAGCGAGCCUAGUAACGUAGUUGGAGUGUCCAGCACAGAUUUCUUUCCUCCUCCAGAGUUGGUGGAGGAGCGUGGACUGGCACGGCCUGUGGUGGCUGGUAUUGUGGCCACCAUCUGCUUCUUGGCAGCAGCUGUCCUUUUCAGUACCAUGGCUGCCUGCUUUGUCAACAAGCAGCGGCGGAGAAAACUCAAGAGGAAAAGAGACCCCCCUCUUUCAAUAACUCACUGCAGAAAAAGCCUGGAAACUCCGUAAGUACAUCUGUGCCACACAAAUAUAUUGCUGUACUACAAAACAACAACAACAACAAAACCUCACAAAACAAAUUGAUUUAACAAAGAAAAUCAAAUAGUAGUACACGUUAUAUUACUGUUUUAAAUACAAUGUAAUAUCUAAUAAAUUGUAAACUUGUAAAUAUCGAAUAAAUUGUGUGGAAUAAUAUUAAGAAGGUUAUCCACUACGGUAAAUGGACCGUUUCUUACAUAGCACUCUUCUACUCUAUCUGAACACUUAAAGCACUUUACACAAUUAAUUAAUUCACCCAUUCACACAAGCACUGUUUCUAAGCUGUUAGUGCCUA